AUGGCCGCGGAAAUAGCAAAAGAAGCCCCGGAGACAGGACCCCCAGAAAAAGCCGCCCCAUUGAAGGAUACCCCAAUAGUCCUCGUUAUUUCUUGUGGUGGCACCGUCACCAGCGUUGCAGAGGAUCCCACCGACGUUCAAAUGUACACAAUGGGAGCACUCAAUGCCGAGGCAUUUCGAAGUCGAGUUGCUCCUCAAUUGGGCCAGAGGGUUAACUUAAGGUUCCAUGAUUUUGCGGAGACCGGUACUGGUAGCCCUGACUUUGGUAGCGACCAAUGGCUCGAGCUCGCGAGAUAUCUCCUUGCAGAAAGCACUCGGCCUUUUGAUGGUUUGGUCCUUUUGGUGGACGUGAGAUACAACUAUGGCCCGAGUCUGCCGACGGAUCCAAGAAUCUCGAUUUAUCUCCAAGAGGUUAAGGAUCUCCCGAGAGUCGAUAUUUUGAAAGGCUACCCAGGAUCAACUGUGGACCUCUUCUUCGCUGCAGUAGAGAAGGCUGAGGAUCCUGCAAGAGGUAUUAUCCUUGAAGGCAUGGGGGCUGGCUCCUGGUCAACCAAGCCUGGCAAGGAGAUAAUGGAGUACAGCAAACCCAGACAGUUUCCUGUGAUUGUCUGUCGUGGACCUGAAGAGGGGCAUGUCAGCGGCGCCUUUGUGUACGGAUUGGGGGACGGAUGCAUUGGGGGUGGGAAUUUAAGCUCGCUGAAAGCCUGGGUCAAGCUGCGGCUUCUAUUAUGUAAAGGAGCGAGCUAUGAGGAGAUAAAGAAGGCUUUCAGUUAUUGA